GGCCCGGGUACAAACUUUAACCAAACUCGAGGGACUCGGUAUAAAUCAGAACACAAUCGAAAGUGGCUGCGUAUAUAAAGCUUGAUCGAGAGCUAGGGUUUUAGUUUUCCAGAGCAGUGCAGGAAGCAGAGGUAAGGCCGCGCCGCGAGAGGGAAAUCCGUCAGAGUUUGCCGCCGCUGAACCAACAUGGGUAUUUCCAGGGACUCUCUUCACAAGAGGCGCGCCACUGGUGGCAAGAAGAAGGUCUGGAGGAAGAAGCGAAAGUACGAGCUUGGACGUCAGCCAGCAAACACCAAGCUCUCAAGCAAUAAGACUGUUAGGAGGGUGCGUGUUAGAGGAGGCAAUGUGAAAUGGAGGGCCUUGAGGUUGGACACUGGAAAUUUCUCCUGGGGUAGCGAGGCAGUCACUCGCAAGACUCGUAUACUUGAUGUGGUCUAUAACGCCUCAAACAAUGAGCUUGUUAGGACACAGACUCUGGUGAAGAGUGCCAUUAUUCAAGUUGAUGCAGCACCGUUUAAGCAAUGGUACCUUCAGCACUAUGGUGUUGACAUUGGUAGGAAGAAGAAGACAGCUUCUAAGAAAGAGGGUACUGAGGAAGGAGAUGCUGCUGCAACUGUUGCUCCUGAAGAAGCUAAAAAGAGCAGCCAUGUUCAGAGGAAGAUUGAGAAUCGUCAGAAAGAUCGCAAAUUGGAUGCCCACAUUGAGGAGCAGUUUGGUGGUGGUAGAUUGUUGGCUUGCAUUUCUUCCCGUCCUGGUCAAUGUGGUAGAGCAGAUGGGUAUAUAUUGGAAGGAAAGGAACUUGAGUUUUACAUGAAGAAACUCCAGAGGAAGAAGGGCAAGGGUGCUGGUACUGCUUAGAAGUCUCUCUACUUCAACUUAAACCCAUGUGUCGGGCACCUAGCAUUUUGUCUUUUUGAGGCUAUGAAGUAAUGGAAUUGAUACUUUGUUUUCACUACCUAGUGGAACAAUGGUUGUUUUGUCAUCCUAAAUUGUGGUGAGAACUGCAGAGAUUUUGCAUUUUGGUUUUGAAGUCGGUUUCAAUUCAUUGCCCUUUCAGUUUAAGCCCAGUUCAGUUUUCCUUACGGGAUCGAAACACCUAUUUCUAUGUUACGUUUCUAAAACUUGAAAUUAGAAUCAUGGUCCAUGAAACUGUAUCGGAUAUCGUACCGGAAAAUUUAGCGGUAUGAUAUUUUAUGAUAAAACCGUGGUUUAAUCGUAGUUUAACCGUUAGAUUGUUAAAUACCGCCUGCCGGUUUAGCCUCCGAUAUUGGUAUUUCGUGGUUGAAUCGCCGGUACGGUACGGUUUCAUGGACCAUGAAUAGAACUCUAAUCAUCUUUAUUCUUUAGGCUACAUUUCAAUGGAAGGUUUGGACUUUGGAGCUGUGCAA